AUGUAUUCUGGUAAUGCAACUGGGAGCAGCGGAGGCUCUUCCGGCACCGGCCGCUACCGCGGUGUGCGGCGUAGGAGCAACGGAAAAUGGGUGUCUGAGAUCCGUGAGCCGAAAAAGCCUAGCAGGAUUUGGUUAGGCACAUUCCCUACACCUGAAAUGGCCGCAGUGGCUUAUGACGUGGCAGCUUAUGCUCUCAAGGGUAAGGAUGCUGAGCUCAACUUCCCUGACUCCGCUUAUUCCCUUCCAGUCCCCGCUUCACUCUCGGCGCAUGACAUUCAGGUGGCGGCAGCCGCUGCAGCGGCGGCUGCUGGAGCCGCGAAGGAUGCUAUGCAGACGCCAACAGGGAAUAAUAACUUUUCUGGGGCACAAGAGAAUCAAGCAGAUAUGAGUAACCAGUUUGUGGAUGAGGAUUUGAUCUUUGACAUGCCAAAUGUUCUGGUCAAUAUGGCUCAGGGAAUGCUGCUUAGUCCUCCCCCUUUUGACAUUGGUGUGGAACCGAAUAGCCCAGAAAACAUCGAAAAUGAUGAAACAAGCCUGUGGAAUUUCCCCUAA